CUCUCAUUCACUCUGAUCGCGGCCAACUCUCACGCAGAGAGAGACACCUGGAGUCCAACAACUGAUGAAGUCUUUUCUGUGUGUGCCUGUCUGCUACAAAGCUGACUAAGGCAUACAGCGACCGGGAUUUUGACUUUGGCUGCACUGACAGAAAACUCACUAACUCACCUGGACUGCAUGCACGCAAGCUGUACAUUCACACAUUUUUGAACCGCUCGCCACGUUUUAAGACUUUUUUUUUUGAAAGAGCUCACUUUUACGAGACCUGCAGUUCUGCCUGGUGGGAAGCCAGAAGUUUGUCAGCUGGCAAUGUCGUGGGACUGUGGCCUCAGGUACAUGUUCUCCGUGUCCCCUUCGCUGCAGCAGGGCGGCAAGUGCAUCCUGCACGACAAGGAGGACCUGUCCAGACUGGAGAUGGUUCAGAGACUGGCCAAGGAUGGAUGUCGCUUCCUGCAAAACCACAGCAAAGCUCCAGAGAGGACGAGCGAGCCCCGGAGUGACGAGGCAGUCCGCUUGUGUCUGAGGGAGAGGGGCCACGAUGUGCUGGUUCUCCAGAGAGUGUCGUCACGGCAGCCAGCCCUCUCUGCGUCGUCGGCGAGGGGAGGAGGGGGGAGAGAGGAGGCGAGGAGCAGGAGGUACGUGGUCGUGUCGGGGACGCCUGAGAAGAUCCUGGAACACCUGCUGAGUGACCUGACACUUGAUGAGGAGCAAGGCACCACGCAGGGCAAAGAGUCAGAUACACUUGUGGAUGACUUUCUGCUCACCUACCCAGUAUUCAUGUCGACCAGUGAUCUAUGUCAAGCUCUGCUGGGGCACUAUUGCACCAAGCGCCACAGAGGCAAAGAGGACCGGAAGGAGGCUCUGGAGAGGAAACAGAAACUCCUGCACCUGGUGUCGCAGUGGAUGUCUCUCUGCAAAGACUUCCUGAGAGAAGACGAGCACGUCAAACUCUUCAUGAAGACUUUGUAUCGUUACGUGUUGGAUGAUCUCUACGAGCACCCAGCCCUGGAGAAGGAUGUGGGGGAGCUGCAGAAGCUCUACCAGCUGCACCGCAGACAUACGGUGGAUGAAUAUUCCCCUCAAAGAAAGAGCAAAGCACUUUUCCACCAAUUGAGCUUGAAAGAAAACGGGCUGCAGUCCAGAAGCACACAGAGGGAGACCAAGGAAGUGCUGUGCCAGGUAUACAUCACCAUGGAUUCAUACCUAAGUAUGAGGGUCCACGCCGGGGUGGUGGCCCAGGAGCUGGUGCAGGCAGUGGCGGAAAGGAUGGAUGUCCCCGACGGGGAACUGGUACUGGUAGCUGUCGCUUACCCUGGAGGUAGACUCCUCCUGCAGCCUCAGGACAGAGUUUUCUCCAGUUCUUUACGGUCGGUGGGCCGGCUGCACAUAUGCAGGAAGGACCUCGGCGAAGUCCUGAACCCAUUCACAGACAACUCAGAGCUGCAGCAGAGAACCGCUCGCAUGCUGAGUUUAAACACGUGGGACGUCGCCGUUGCCCUCACCGACUUUGACCUGACAAUUUUUGACUCGAUGCACGAGCAAGAACUGGUCUACUUCACCUUCAACCGCCACGUUACCAGUAACCACACAACGGCUUUGGAGCUGCUGCUGCAGCGCUGCAAUGAAGUCCAGCUGUGGGUGAUGACUGAGGUGCUGCUGUGCCCAACGCUCUGCAAAAGGGUCCAACUCAUCAAGAAGUUCAUCAAGAUCGCUGCACACUGUAAAGCUCAGAGGAACCUCAACUGUUUCUUUGCCAUCAUAAUGGGCCUGAACGCUGCAGCUGUUAGCCGCCUCGCUCAGACAUGGGAGAAAAUACCUGGGAAAUUCAAAAAGCUGUUUUCAGAGCUGGAGACAGUUACAGAUCCCUCGCUGAACCACAAGGCCUACAGGGACUCCUUCAAGAAGAUGAAGGCUCCAAAGAUUCCCUUUCUUCCUCUGCUACUAAAAGAUAUUACGUUCAUUCAUGAAGGCAACAAGACGUUUCAUGAUAACCUGGUCAAUUUUGAAAAGCUGCACAUGAUAGCGGAAAUGGCUCGACUCAUCCGGCAGUGUCAGAAAGAUCCCAUGGGAAACGGAAUCACCCAGAAGAGCAGCUCAGAGGUGCGAGCCUACGUCGACUACCUUCAUAUCAUCGACAAUCAGCAAACUCUGUUCGAACUGUCGCACAGGCUGGAGCCUCGUGCUUAGGGAACAGCUCUUUACUGCUCUGCCCACUGUGUCAGCCGCAACGUCGGAUUGCCAAGGAACAACCUGUCGCCGUCUCUUCUAUCUAUCUCUCAGGACUCAGACGGCCAUCACGGGAACACUGCAUGAUCUUGGCCGACCACAGGAGGGAGCCGUGCAAUCAGGAGACCACAAAAGGAGCAAGCGGGAAAAGACGCAUCUUUGGUUAAAUGCAGAAAUGUUUGCAGAGAUCUACAACAAGUGUAGCUCAUCCAAAGCACCUGAAGGCAGUCACAGCCAAUAACGUCCCACUGCAGUGCCACAAGUUUAACUGCAACUUACGCUGCAGCAACAGCAGUUAACAAUAUGCAUAAGUGUAAAGGUCCAAAACCAAUGGCUUGUGUCUGCAGUGGAGGAGGCUGCAGCUUCAGGCCCACAAUCAUAAAACUGCAUUUCUAGGACCCUUGUUUGUUGCAAUAGCGCCAUCUACCGAACUGGCCAAUGUGCAACUGAUGGUUUUAGGGUUUUUUUCCACCCGAUAUAAUAACUUCUGUCCACAUAAAUAAAAGUGUUAAAGGUUUACUCAACCUAAAUAGUACUAACAAGUUAAUUCUAUUCAAAACUUUCAAAUUAAUUGGUUCUAGUUUUUUGGUUUAUUCCAACCAAAAUACUACCUUCUUUCUUAUAGUUUUAAUUUUUAUACCACCCAAAAAGCACUUUUUAACUAAUGAGUUAUGUUUGAAAGGUUUAUUCCAAUGAACCAUCUUCUUUCUGUGCAAGUUCUUAUAGUGUUAAGGCUUUAACCCACCCAAACAGUACUUUCUAAUGGUUGAAAAGGAUUACUGUAUUCAAAUUAUUGUAUUUUUUUCUGUCUAAAUACCUGGUUUCCUAGAAACGCUAACCCACUUUUGGAGUUGUGCUUGCAGUGUUAUCUGGCCCAGUUAGAUGAAAUAAAAAAACACAAGGGUUCUAGAAAUGUAAUGCUGCAGCCUGUUCUGCUACAGACAGUCCUUUCAGGAGGGACAGGAACGAGCAGCAAAAGGCAAGUCUUAGGAUAAAUGCAGACAUGUUUGCAUAGAUCCACAAAUAUGCACCUGAAGGUCAGUCACAGCCGGUGUAAUCCAACUGCAGUGCCAGAAGUUUAACUGCUACAACAGCAGCACAUGUAAUAACUGUGAGUUCAAAACGGCUGCUGCUGUUUCUUUCUUAUCCAACAGAUGGCAGAGGUUGAGCGCUGAGCUGCUCUAACAGUGAAAAGCUCCCCUUUGUGGAGACUCAGCAGCCUGCAGGUGAAGUGCUUCCAUCUAAUCAAACACUGUAGAAAACAAAUAGCGUGCGAAAUUCCUACUCGUGGGGUCUCCUUCGAUCCUCACAUCCUAUUGGCUUAUGAAUUCUGAAUUGUCAGACAGUGUUUAGAGAUCCGGCUGCGUCAUCGGAUUUAACCAAAGAACACUCCGGCUAAGAAAUCCUUUACACACACUUAAGUGUUGUCGACACAAUCUGCAUGUUCUCUGUGCCGGAUGUCAGACGUGCCGCUCCUGAAGGAAAUCUGUACACCGUAUGCACAACAAGCUGAUGUCUUACUGAAUCAAAAACGACAGAAAUAGUGAAAAUGAUUGUUAAGCAUUCAACAUUUUCAUACAUUAUUUUCCUUGUGUAUUUUUUCAUCGCAGAACUCUCUUGCCAUGCAGUAUUUUUAUGACAUAACCAUGAAGUAUUAGAUGAGGCGUACAGACCGUAUUAGUGCAGGAAACUAGAGGAGAGCAUACUGUAUUUUGAUGGCGUGUGAGUUAUAAUUAUGUAUGUCAGUGCCAAAUCCCACAGGAAUAGUCAUUCAAAUUGAUGCUAAUUGCUCCCCUUUCUAAAGUAUCGACAAAAGGAUCUCCAUCUAAGUAGUUGAGCUGUGGACAAUCAGUUAAUGGAGAAGCAGACCUAUGCUGUUACAUCUCUUCAAAGGUCUUCAGAGAUGAAAAAAAAAAAAAACAUUUAUUUUCUUGUAUUUUCUCAGAUGAACCAUUUUGGUUUGUGGUACUCAGAGUUUUUGGGUGAAAUGUCCCUAUAGAGUAAUAGCAAAAUCAAACACUACAGCACCUUCUGGACACAGAUAAGCAGAGACAGAGGAAGAAAAAUAGAAGCCAUUUGCUCCUGUGCAGUGUGUAGUAGCACUAUUGUUAUCGGCAGGUUAAAGUUAGGUAAACUUAAAUAGGCGUCGUCAAGUGUUGUAGAUGGAAAAUUGAAUUAUAUUUUUGACAUUUUAUUUGCCUAUUUUGUAAUUUUAAAGCCCACAGUCAUCAUAGCGAGGAAAUGCUUUAUCUUACUUUCAUUUGUAUCAUCGACAAUGUACAGCUGAUUCUAUUUGUACUGUGUAUAUAUGUUGAAAUUCAGGAUAUGGAUAUUUAUUUGUUUCAGAACUAUUUAUUUGCUCUAUAGACUCACUUAUAUUUCGUUUUAAUUUAAUGGGUUAUUCUUUUGUACGCACCGUUUUGGCUGGUCUGCAUGAUAUGUCGAACCAUGGACUGACCACCAGUGUCAACUGUGCAUGCAUUAAAAUAUUUUACAUCAUCA